AUGUCGGCUGCACCCGGCCUCCUGCACCAGGAGCUGUCCUGCCCGCUGUGCCUGCAGCUGUUCGACGCGCCCGUGACAGCCGAGUGCGGCCACAGCUUCUGCCGCGCCUGCCUGGGCCGCGUGGCGGGGGAGCCGGCCGCGGACGGCACGGUGCUCUGCCCGAGCUGCCAGGCACCCACGCGGCCGCAGGUGCUCAGCACCAACCUGCAGCUGGCGCGCCUGGUGGAGGGGCUGGCGCAGGUGCCGCAGGGCCACUGCGAAGAGCACCUAGACCCGCUGAGCAUCUACUGCGAGCAGGACCGCGUGCUCGUGUGCGGCGUGUGCGCUUCGCUCGGUUCGCAUCGCGGCCACCGCCUGCUGCCCGCCGCCGAAGCCCAUGCGCGCCUCAAGACGCAGCUCCCACAGCAGAAGCUGCAGCUGCAGGAGGCAUGUAUGCGGAAGGAGAAGAGUGUGGCUGUGCUGGAGCAUCAGCUGGUGGAGGUGGAGGAGACAGUGCGUCAGUUCCGGGGGGCCGUGGGAGAGCAGCUGGGCAAGAUGCGGUUGUUCCUGGCUGCACUGGAGGGCUCCUUGGACCGCGAAGCUGAACGUGUACGGGGUGAGGCAGGGGUGGCCUUGCGGCGGGAGCUGGGGAGCCUGAACUCUUACCUGGAGCAGCUGCGGCAGAUGGAGAAGGUGCUGGAGGAGGUGGCAGACAAGCCACAGACUGAGUUCCUCAUGAAAUACUGCCUGGUGACCAGCAGGCUGCAGAAGAUCCUGGCAGAGUCACCAUCACCUGCCCGUCUGGACAUCCAGCUGCCCGUCAUCUCAGAUGACUUCAAAUUCCAGGUGUGGAGGAAGAUGUUCCGAGCUCUGAUGCCAGCGCUGCAGGAGCUGACCUUUGACCCGAGCACGGCCCACCCAAGCCUGGUGCUGUGUGCCUCGGGCCGCCGUGUGGAGUGCUCGGAGCAGAAGGCGCCGCCGGCCGGAGAGGACCCGCGCCAGUUCGACAAGGCCGUGGCGGUAGUGGCGCACCAGCUGCUCUCCGAGGGCGAGCAUUACUGGGAGGUGGAGGUGGGCGACAAGCCGCGCUGGGCGCUGGGCGUGAUCUCGGCCCAGGCCGGUCGCCGCGGCCGGCUGCAAGCGGUGCCCUCGCAGGGGCUCUGGCUGCUCGGGCUGCGCGAAGGCAAGAUCCUGGAGGCUCACGUCGAGGCUAAGGAGCCCCGCGCCCUGCGCACCCCCGAGAGGCGGCCGACGCGCAUCGGGAUCUACCUGAGCUUCUGCGAUGGCGUCCUCUCCUUCUACGACGCCAGCGACCCCGACGCACUCGAGCUGCUCUUCGCCUUCCACGAGCGCCUGCCCGGGCCUGUGUACCCCUUCUUCGACGUGUGCUGGCACGACAAGGGCAAGAACACUCAGCCGCUGCUGCUCGUGGGGCCCGACGGCAGUGGCGAGGCCUGAGCCACCCGCCGGGUUUGGGGAGGGGUGCGGGGCCCUGCCGGCCUGGAAGGAGAGACGGGUCGG